AUGGAUUGUUCGAAUUGCGGACAACGACUCAGAGUCUUGACUGAUCUCGGGGUCCCGGGGAUCCCCAAAGCGUGCACCGGGGGUCAAGAACAAGGCUACGAUUGUCAUGCGGUCGAUCUCAAAUGGCUUCCUUCAUCAGCUCCAACCCAGCCGGACGUGUGUGUGUCCAAUACUCAGCAAGCUCUAUCCAGCCAUCCCAGCAGCAAAUCUACUCAAUCCUCUCCGGCAGUAUUCAAGACCAUCAUCAAAGAUAGUCGCAUUAUUAACUCAAGAUCAUACGUCUCAGCCAGUGGUCAUCCGCCCAAACAAUCAGAGGAGGCCUUGAUGGAAGAACUUCGUAGAUUGAGCCAUGGUCAAGAAAGCGGCCAACCCAUGCUGGGGCCCUUCAUGAUGCCGAGGGGUAAGGCCCACGAAAAACCGUUGAGGGAUGACGAAUACCAUCACUGGUCUCGUGUCAGUUGGUCUGAACGGAUCCGACGGAUGUUCAGGAUGGGUCGAAACUUACUCAUCGUGAGCUUCGGGGGAUCUCUAGGAAUCCUGGUCAUCUAUAGCAUCACAUCCGAACUGUUCGCGCCUUCAUCUACGACCAACCUGAUGAACAUGACCAUCAGAACAAUUGAAGAAUCGGAUCAGUUGAGCAAGAUAUUAAAAUCACCCAUCAAAUUUCACACAUCUCCAACUCCCUCCGGCAAUUCGAUCAGCAAGCGGAGCAACGGGAUUCCUCAGAGUGUCCAACAUCAAAGUGGAGUAGUCGAAUUAAGAUUUUGGGUAGAGAGCUGUAAACCAAGUCUGUUCGAAGGAGAUUGGAAGAGUUUGGAUUGGUGGAGAAGUUGGAUCGGCCCCUUGAUUACCUCCGAAAUUUAUCAUCAUCCUACCAAUCGAUCCUCGGACUCAAUUUCGAACUCGAUCGAUUCCCAGCUCUCUGGAUCAGACAGCAAUUCAACUCGCUGGUGGCCUGGUCUCCUCAAAUCUCUCAUGCCUAACACUCUCGGUCGAUCCUCAAGUUCAGCGAAUGAACAAAAGUCAUGGACUGCGCGAUUUUUCUCAAAUCACGGAAGCUUUGAACAUGGGGAAGUCGUGGCUCAACUAAUCAAAGACUCCAAUGGACAAUGGAAAUAUAAAAGCUUGGUGAUCGAUUUCCCAGACUCGCAAAAUGUAAAAUAUCGACUGAAUAUUGCAAAUGAAUUAAAGAGGAAAGAGUUAUCUAAACUACAAACAUCACAAGCAGAUGGAGACGAAGAUGACUCGAAGCAACCUACCCGUUAUCGAUUUUGGAAUCGGAGAAUCAAUCUCUGA